UCUCAGUCGCAAUUGAACAUUGGCGCAAGACGCACGGCUCGUGGCCAAAGGUUUAAUGAACCCGAUAUUUAAAUAUAAAUCGAAGUCAUGGGACUGUUGAACGCCGAUGAAGAUAUUAGUGAUGUGAAUACGGAAUUGGUUUUUUAUGUUAAUGGUAAAAAGGUAAUAGAACCAAAACCAGACCCAGAAUGGACACUUUUAUGGUAUUUACGGAAAAAGCUACGGCUCACUGGAACAAAAUUGGGCUGUGCAGAGGGAGGCUGUGGUGCCUGCACGGUUAUGAUCUCAAAAUAUAACCGCAAAGAGAAACAAAUAGUUCAUCUUGCAGUAAAUGCUUGUUUAGCGCCAGUAUGUGCAAUGCACGGACUAGCAGUCACUACUAUAGAAGGAAUAGGUUCCACUAAAACAAAGCUCCACCCGGUUCAGGAACGACUUGCAAAAUCUCACGGUUCUCAAUGUGGAUUUUGUACUCCAGGCAUAGUCAUGUCCAUGUAUACUUUACUCAGAAGCUGUGAUAAAGUUAAGUACUCAGAUAUGGAAGUCGCCUUUCAGGGAAAUUUAUGUAGAUGUACAGGAUACAGAGCUAUUAUUGAGGGUUACAAAACUUUUUUAGAAGAUUGGGAAACAAAUCGAGUAACAAAUGGCAAGUCAAACGGUUCUAAUGGUGGUGCAUGUGGUAUGGGAAAAGACUGUUGCAAAAAUAGGACAGAUGAUAGCGAAACAGAAUUUAUUUUUGAUAAAUCGUCAUUUUUACCUUAUGACUCAAGUCAGGAACCUAUAUUUCCUCCAGAACUCAAACUAUCAUGCAUUUACGACGAACAAUAUCUAAUAUAUCAAGGUGAAAAAGUUACUUGGUUUAGACCCACAACGCUAGAUACGAUGUUAAAGCUAAAGAACCAAUAUCCUGAUGCAAAAAUAGUAGUAGGAAACACUGAAGUUGGAGUAGAAGUAAAAUUUAAACACUGUGUUUAUCCAGUAAUCAUAAUGCCAAAUUUAGUUCAUGAAAUGAAUUCAGUGUCUGAAACGGAUACAGGAUUAACAGUGGGAGCUGCGGUCACUCUUAUGGAAUUGGAAAAUAUUUUCAGAAAAAACAUACAGUUAUUGCCAAAAUACAAAACAAGAACACUAACAACAAUAAUCGACAUGCUAAAUUGGUUUGCUGGUAAGCAAAUACGUAAUGUUGCCGCUAUUGGUGGAAAUAUAAUGACCGGCAGUCCUAUAUCAGAUUUAAAUCCAAUAUUAAUGGCUUUAAAGGUAAAACUCAACCUCUUAAGUGAAAAGGGAGGUCAUCGGUCUGUUUUAAUGGAUGAAACAUUUUUCACGGGUUACAGAAAAAAUGUUGUAAAGUCGGAUGAAAUCCUUCUUUCUAUAGAGAUUCCUUACUCAACGAAAUAUCAGUAUGUAAAGGCAUAUAAACAGGCAAAGCGACGCGAGGACGAUAUAUCCAUUGUUACAGCUGCAGUAAACGUUGAAUUUGAAAUUGAUACAAAUGUUAUUAGCACUAUCACAAUAGCCUUUGGUGGAAUGGCUCCAGUUACAAAGAUAGCAACAAAAACUGGUCAGUUAUUAAAAGGACUAAAAUGGAAUGAACAAAUGCUCGAUAAAGCUUAUACAUAUAUGCUGGAUGAAUUGCCUUUAAAUCCCUCGGUACCCGGUGGGAAUGUGGUAUUUAGACAAGUUUUGACCAUGAGUUUAUUUUUGAAAGCCUAUUUAGCUAUAGCCAAAGAAAUGACACAAGAUUACAUUCACGAAGAUCUUAUUAAGUCAUAUCAUAGUAGUGGUGGUGAGCAGUUCCAUGGCAGUAUACCUAAAAGUUCUCAGUACUUUGAACUUGUUGGUGAUAAGCAGAUAAAAAGUGAUGCAGUUGGUAGGCCGAUUCCACACAUGUCAGCUCUUAAACAAGUUACUGGAGAAGCGAUUUAUUGCGACGAUAUGCCAACUUCUGAAGGUGAAUUAUAUUUAGCAUUUGUUCUUAGUAGUAAGGCACACGCAAAGUUGGUGUCUGUAAAUGCUGAAGAAGCAUUAAAACAACCCGGUGUAGUAGCAUUUUUUUCUGCAAAGGAUUUGACAGAAGAUCAAAACGCUAUAGGGCCUAUAUUUCACGAUGAAGAGUUAUUUGCUAGUACAAAAGUUACAAGUCAAGGGCAAACAAUUGGAGUAAUAGUAGCUCAAGAUCAACAGACCGCCCAAAACGCUGCUAGGAAAGUGAAAAUCGAAUAUAAUGAGUUAGAACCAAUAAUUGUUACAAUAGAAGAUGCUAUCAAACAUAACUCAUUUUACAAACAAUUUCCUAAAUCUAUAAAAAGAGGAAAUGUGCAGGAUAUGUUUGAAGAUUCAAACAAUAUAAUCAUAGAAGGAGAAUGUCGGAUGGGAGGACAGGAGCACUUUUACUUAGAAACACACGCAGCAUUUGCAAUUCCUAAGAAAGAAGAUGAUGAACUGGAGAUAUUUUGUUCUAGCCAACACCCUUCAGAAAUUGUGAAAUUAACCAGUCAUAUUCUUCAUGUACCUAUGAAUAGAAUAGUAGCUCGCGUAAAGCGUAUGGGAGGAGGAUUUGGUGGAAAAGAAUCCAGAGGAAUGCUAGUCGCAUUACCGGUUGCCUUAGCUGCGCAUAAGCUUCAAAGACCGGUCCGUUGCAUGCUUGAUCGUGACGAAGACAUGCAAAUGACAGGAACCAGACAUCCCUUUCUAUUAAAGUACAAAGUUGCAGUUACAAAAGAAGGAAAAAUAAUGGCUGCAAAAGUCGAUAUUUACAACAAUGGAGGAUACUCAAUUGACCUAUCUGGACCUGUGGUCGAAAGAGCGAUGUUUCAUUACGAAAACGCGUAUUAUAUUCCUCACUGUGAGGUCACAGGCCAUGUUUGUAAAACAAAUUUGCCUAGCAACACUGCUUUUCGGGGAUUUGGCGGUCCACAAGGAAUGUUUGGCGCUGAAAACAUGGUAGAAGAAAUAGCACGUAAACUUAAUAAGAGUUCUGAAGAAAUUCGAAGAAUUAAUUUGUAUCAAGAGAAUUCAACUACUCAUUAUGGACAAGUUUUAGAACAUUGUACAUUACAAAGAUGCUGGGAUGAAUGUGUAGAAAAAAGUGAUUUAAAGCAAAGGAGAAUAAACAUUGAAAACUAUAACAAGCAACAUCGUUGGCGCAAGCGAGGUAUUUCCAUAAUACCAACUAAAUUCGGAAUCGCAUUUACUGAAAAAUUGUUAAAUCAAGCUGGCGCGUUGGUGUUGAUUUAUACCGAUGGCUCAGUUCUUUUGUCUCAUGGAGGAACUGAAAUGGGACAAGGUCUUCAUACUAAAAUGAUACAAGUGGCCUCUCGGGUUCUUGGUAUCGAUGUUUCGAAAAUCCACAUAAGUGAAACAGCAACAGAUAAAGUACCUAAUACUUCAGCAACUGCAGCCAGCGCUGGAUCGGAUCUUAAUGGCAUGGCUGUCCUCGAGGCAUGCCAAACUUUAGUGAAGCGUCUACAACCAUAUAAAGAUAAGAAUCCUAACGGAAAAUGGGAGGACUGGGUAUCUGCGGCUUUUGUUGAUCGUGUUAGUCUGUCAGCAACAGGAUUCCAUGCUACACCAGAUAUUGGAUUCGACUUUAAAAAAAGUUCAGGGAAACCUUUUAAUUACUUCACGUUUGGGGUAGCAUGCACAGAAGUUGAAAUCGAUUGCCUUAGUGGAGACCAUCAGGUUAUAAGAAGUGACAUUGUAAUGGAUUUAGGGGAAAGUAUUAAUCCAGCCAUAGAUAUUGGGCAGAUCGAAGGUGCAUUCAUACAGGGGUAUGGGCUAUAUACUAUGGAAGAGCUUAUUUAUUCUCCUACGGGGACUCUGUACUCUCGUGGCCCAGGAGCAUACAAAAUUCCAGGAUUUGGUGACAUUCCUCUUGAAUUUAAUGUAUCAUUACUGAAAGGUGCACCAAAUCCUAGAGCAGUUUUCUCAUCAAAAGCGGUUGGAGAGCCCCCCCUAUUUUUGGCGAGCUCAGCUUUCUUCGCAAUAAAAGAGGCGAUUCGUGCAGCGCGAGCAGAUGCGGGAGUCUCUCUCGACUUCUAUCUGGAAUCUCCUGCAACCUCUGCACGGAUACGCGUUGCUUGCGAAGAUCACAUUACUAAAAAGAUUCCUGUACCAGAGCCAGGCAGCUAUAUUCCAUGGAAUGUUGUUCCUUAAAUAAAACUAUUUAAUAUUUAUGUUCAAUAGUCAAAAUAAACAUAUCAUUAAAAUGAA